CUUCACAGAGUUAUAGAGGACCAAUAAGUCGGAGUGGGAGUGAGUGGGGGCACUCAGGUCAAAACCUCCCUGUACAUGGACGAUGUCGCUGUCUUCUGCUCAGACCAGGGUGCCCAACGUUGCUCUCACCCUGAUGUCCACCUUCAUGUGUGGCUGCAUCACGCGGAGCCUAGAGCCAAGGCACGUGGGCACCAAGUGCCACUGCCUGCUGAGGUUCUACCUGUCCCCGGUGUUGCGAAGGAUGGGCCUGGCGCAGAUGCCACACAAUGUGCCAGUCAGCUGGACAUUGCCGCCCCCAUCUGUCAUUCGUGGAAAGGUUCUUUCGGACCAACACCUUUGACCACAAGUCCAUCAGGAAGUGGUCAACAUGGAAGGUCCUGGUGACACUGCAGGGGAAUGUCUCCAUGGAUCCGGUGGCGUGGUUCCCAGAGCAGACUGCCCAGCUUGUCUGGCAAAAUGUCUCAUCACCACAACUCACCAACAAGCACCAAGACCUGGCUUGGCUGGCGGGUGAGGGGAGCCCUCCCAGGCAGAUCCUUCCUGCACCGUCGGAACCUCACUAUAAGUGCGCGCUGCCUCGGGACGGCUGCUAUGGAGAGGAGAUGGUUGCCCACCUCUUUGCAGAGUGUGGAUUCGCAAAGCCAGUCUGGAGAGGUCUGCAAGGGUCCCUGUCAUGGUUUAUUCCGAACAGCUCCGUCAUAGAAGAGGACCAGCAGAAGCAGCUGAUUGGCUUGUAUUGUAUUUGUAUUGUAAUUACUGUACCCAGGGACACAUUCAGAGUGGCAUCGAGUGCUGCUGGAAGGUCACCAAGACGCUCUUUGGUCUGCCCGUUGUUCACCACCCAGCAGAGCGAGAUGUCCAUCGGGGAAUGUUGCCGACUGGCCCGCUGCAGACUGCAGGAGUACGUGCUGAGGGACGCACUGAAGACUGGUGCAGCCAACGUCAAGGCUCGGUGUGGGAGGACCACAGUCUCAGGUCCUUCCGAUGCUGAACAUGGAGGGCAGGGUGUGGUGGAGACACCUUUUGCUAUCUUUUGCCGAGUUCAUCAGGAAGGAUGUGAGCAUAAGAGGAGUGACAUUACCAGGCAGUGGGGGCAUUCAAGUAAAGACCUCCCUGUACAUGGACGAUGUCGCCGUCUUCUGCUCGGAUCCAAGGUCGGUCCGCAGAUUGAUCAGCAUCUGCGACCAGUUUGA